UGGGUGGGAGGUGGCGGGCGGACGAGGAGGCUGGAGCAGCCCCGGCGGUGACCCCGGCCCGCGGUGUCCCUAACUCGACCCGGGCAGCCUGUGUGCAUCCCUCCACUCUACUGGGGCGCCGAGCAGAGCCUGGUCUCUUUGUUGGGUGCGUCCCCCGCCCCCCGGGUGGCACCAAAGUCGUGCGGUGCGAGCCGGGGUGGGACUCGGAGAGCCGGCGGGGACGGCGAGGCCAAGAAGUGCGGCGGAGCGAGAAGAGUCCGACCCAGGCAGCGGGCUCUGAAGAAUGCCGAGGGUCCCCUCGCGGGCCCGGCCACGAGUGGGGAGCCAACGUCGCCGAAGUUUGGUGGCCGCCGGCGCGGGGGCGGCUCGGAUGGCCUCGUGUCUCCUUGCGGUGCGCGGGGGCUGAGCGGGAGCCACUUCCCCUGCGGCCCCGCUUUUGUGUCUCGCGUCUCCCGAGUUCCGAUGCCGCGUCCGGCCACCUCCUGCGGUGGCCGCUGCUGAGGCGCCCGCCCGCGCCGAGGACCCGGGGACACCGCAGCGCGCGCUCCGGGCGGGACUAUGGGCAACGGGAUGUGCUCGCGCAAGCAGAAGCGGGUCUUCCAGACGCUGCUGCUGCUCACCGUGGUCUUCGGCUUCCUGUACGGAGCGAUGCUCUACUACGAGCUGCAGACGCAGCUGCGGAAAGCCGAGGCGGUGGUCCUCAAGUACCAGCAGCACCAGGAGUCCCUGUCUGCCCAGCUACAAGUUGUGUAUGAACACAGAUCAAGAUUAGAGAAAUCUUUGCAGAAGGAACGACUUGAACAUAAGAAAGCAAAGGAGGAUUUCCUUGUUUAUAAGUUAGAAGCUCAAGAAACACUAAACAAAGGAAGGCAAGAUUCCAAUAGCAGAUACAGUGCAUUGAAUGUCCAGCAUCAGAUGCUGAAGAGUCAACACGAGGAGCUGAAGAAACAGCACACAGACUUGGAAGAGGAGCAUCGCAAGCAAGGAGAAGACUUCAGUAGAACGUUCAAUGACCACAAGCAGAAAUACUUGCAGCUGCAGCAAGAAAAGGAGCAAGAGUUGUCGAAGCUAAAAGAAACUGUAUAUAAUUUGAGGGAAGAGAACAGACAACUGAGGAAAGCACAUCAAGACAUUCACACACAGCUUCAGGACGUCAAGCAACUGCAUAAGAAUUUACUCUCCGAGCAUGAGCAACUUGUAGUGACUUUGGAAGACCACAAGAGGGCACUGGCUGCUGCACAGACUCAAGUUGCAGAAUAUAAGCAACUAAAAGAUACUCUGAAUAGGAUUCCAAGCUUUCGAAAACCUGAGCCAGCAGAGUUGGAGAAUGUCACCUUCGCCCAGGGGGCACGUUCUCCACAAGCACAGGGGACGCUAACUGGAGGGCUGCAAGCAGAGACCAGAGAGUUGUCUCGAAAUAAUGAAGUGUUGCAGAAACCUGAAACAAUGCCUAGAAGGACGGAAGAAGCGAAACCUUUUCCUUUCACCCAGAAGGAGGGCGGGCUUCACGCCCGGGGAGAGCCCCGGGAGCCGGAGGAGCCCCGGGAGCCGGAGGAGCACCCGGUGGAGGAGGAGCACCGGGUGAAGGAGGAGCACCAGGUGGAGGAGGAGCACCGGGUGGAGGAGGAGCACCGGGUGGAGGAGGAGCAUCGGAAGGCCUUGGAAGAGGAGGAGAUGGAGCAAGUCGGGCAGGCGGAAGGGCUGGAGGAGGAACACGACCCUUCGCCGGAGGAGCAGGACCGCGAGUGGAGGAACCGGCCGGCGCCGAGGCCGAUGGGCCCCCUCCCGGAGGGGCGCGCGCAUGCUGCGGUGGAUCUUUCCACCAAGCCAGUUAGGAGGCUUCGAACCCCGUAUGAGGAGCAGCUGGAGCAGCAGAGGCUUGCAGCCAGGCAAUAUGAGGAGGCUCAGCGGCUGCGGGAGCAGCAGGAAACUCUGCACCAGCAGAGACCGCAGGAGCACCUGCUCCGACAGCAGCAGCAGCCUCUGAGCAGAGAGAUGAGCCAGCAGAGGGAAGCCGAGCAGGAGGAGCAGCAAGAACGACCAGAGCAGCUAAGACAGCACCUUCACUAUCAUGCUCUGGACAAUGACAUCGUUCAGGGAGCUGAAGACCAAGGGACCCAGGAAGAGGAAGGAGGUGCCUAUGAAAGAGACAACCAACACCAGGACGAAGCAGAAGGAGAACUGGGCAAUGGACGGGAGCCUCAUGAACCAGGGCCCCGGGAAGCUGACCCAGAGUCUGAGGCGGACAGGGCUGCCGUGGAGGACAUAAACCCAGCAGAUGACCCCAAUAAUCAAGGUGAAGAUGAGUUUGAGGAAGCUGAACAAGCAAGAGAAGAAAAUUUGCCAGAUGAAAAUGAAGAGCAAAAACAAAAUGACCAAAAACAAGAAAAUACAGACAUGGAAGAGCAUUUGGUGAUGGCAGGCAACCCAGACCAGCAGGAGGACAAUGUUGAUGAGCAGUACCAGGAAGAGGGAGAAGAGGAGGUUCAGGAAGAUUUGGCUGAAGAGAAAAAAAGGGAACUAGAGCAUAAUGCUGAAGAGACCUAUGGUGAAAAUGAUGAAAACGCCGAUGACAAAAACAAUGAUGGAGAAGAGCAAGAAGUCCCUGAUGAAAACCGGCCCAAAGGCAGAGCAGUGCACUAUGAGGAAGAAGAAGAGGAAGAAGAGGAUGGGGCUGUUGCUGAGAAAUCACACAGAAGAGCUGAAAUGUAGCUUUCCCCAUUUUUCAGAUGAUGCUUGGCCAAUAUAUUUUAUUUUAUUUUUUCGAGCUGCUCUAAAUUAAAUCUGCCUACUGAA